AUGCCUCCUAGACGCCGUCCCCUCUAUGACUCUAAUCGUGUUCCCCGUUCUGAAGGAAAUGGUGAGGAGGAUCUGCCACCCCCUCCUCCACCGCCACCAUUCAAUGAUGGCGUACACCCAGCUUUAGUGCAACUUAUAGCUGACACCACUAGCUAUCACUUCCGAACUUUUGAAGGAACAGAAGGGCCGAAUGUCGCAGAGGCUUGGCUCACAGAUAUAGACGUACUGUACACUACCCUCGGUUGUACAGAUGAGCAGAAGGUUCAGUACAUUGUACUGCAGUUGACAGGCGAAGCUAAGAGAUGGUGGACUGCAAGGAAGGUGCUGCUUGGGGAAAGGACAGUAAUUACUUGGGAGAUGUUCAAGGAGGAGUACAAUCGAUGGUUUUUCCCUCGAUCUCAGAGGCAACUACGAGCAAUAGAAUUCCAGAAUUUAGUCCAAGGUGACAUGACUGUAGAGCAAUAUUCCGCUCAAUUCAUGGAGUUAGCUCGGUUUGCAGCCAAUCUUAUCCCUGACGAGGAAACGAAAGCAGAACGAUUCGAGAAUGGCCUUAACCCUCGCAUCAGAGAAAGGGUGAUUUGUCUGGAAAUAAAGGAAUACGCCAGAUUGGUAGAAGUGGCGUCCCUAGCUGAAAGAGGAAUACGGGAAUCAGCCGCAGCAUAUGAAUUGAAGAAACGUUCGAAACAACCGAUGACGCGCCCCAUCAAAAGGCAAGCUGUUGGAAGUGGCUUUAAGCCUACCCUGGGAAAGAAUCUUUCGAACCAGAAGGCCGUCUGCAGCAAAUGCGCAAGGACGCACCUAGGGGAUUGUAAGCAAGGAGCAUCCAUGUGUUUUAGAUGCGGUAAGCCUGGGCAUUUUCUGAAGGAUUGCCCUAUGAAUGCUGCGGGAGGAGCGAGAUUUCAAGGAAGCGGAACUCAGGCACGCGUGUAUUCUCUUAUGCCCGGAGGAGAAGAAGGAGUCAAAGGUGAUGAAGAGGAUACAGAUGUGGUGACAGGUACCAUCCCUCUUUUUGGUAAAAUAGCAAGUACCCUUUUUGAUUCAGGUGCAACGCAUUCCUUCAUAUCAUCUACAUACGUUAAAUUAUGUAGCAUGACUCCUCAACCCUUGAACCAAAGCAUAACUGUAUCCACACCUACUGGGAAUAUAGUUACUUGUAGGAAAUCCAUUGAAGAUUGCCCUAUCGUCAUAGGAGAUAGAGUCCUACCGGCAAACCUAGCUGUAUUUCAGAUGUUAGGUUUUGACGUGUAG